AUGAAAAGUAAGAAGAAUCUUUUAGAUUUAAUUGGACGCUCGCCUCCAAAAGAAUCGGUGUUUGACGCCGUGACAAUAUCGAGCGACCUUGAACAAAAUGAACAUUCCUCAGACUUGUUAAGUACAUCGUCCAGCAAGAACGCUGAAGUUGGUGACACCAAUUUGAUGAAAAUCGCAUUGCCCCGAUGUGAACAAAAGAUCUUCAUCAACGGACCUCCGGAGAUGACCACCUCUGCAUCACUUUUAUCCUUGGUCCAAGUCCCCGUUGAACUUGAAAUAUGUAGCGUGUGUUUCGGUGAAUUUGAGAUCAUCUAUGAUUUACAAUGCAAUCAUAAAUUUUGUUCGGAAUGUCUCCGCAAAUUUUUUUUACAAGCGAAGAGUCCAACUUUCAUUCUUCCCGUCAGAUGUUGCAACAAAGAGAUUAACAUGGAUUACGCUCCGUUAGUGCUUGAAUCUGAAGAAUUUCAACAAAUCAUUCAAAGGAUAAGUGACGCGUCGUAUCAUUUGUUUUGUCCGACUCCUGGAUGCGAGAACCCGAUUCACGUGAACGAAGUUUUCACCAAUGACUCAACAUCACCACCAAUUUCACACGAGGCACCAAAAAUUCUCAAAUGUCCAAAUUGCAAUAAAGACAUCUGUGUAAAGUGUCGAUCACACGCCCAUCCGGCCGUACCCUCCACUGGCAUCGUUCAGAGGCGUCCAUUAACUUCAGCUGCAGUGGAUUCUUCUAGAUCAACAAUGGUUCCCGACUUCACCGAUUACAAGAAAAAGAAUACCGAUUCCUAUACCAAUCGCACUUUCACCUAUUUAAUGGUUGGCGCCACUGGUGUGGUGACUGCCAGUGGGACAAAGGCUUUAGUUACCGAUUUUCUCGCAAAUUUGAGUGCAUCUGCCGAUGUACUGGCCUUGGCAAAAGUCGAAAUAGAUUUGGCAAAAAUUCCCGAAGGCAAAAAUGUUACCAUUAAAUGGCGCGGAAAACCUGUUUUCAUUAGGCACAGGACUCCCAGUGAAAUUGACGAGGCCAAUUCAGUCAAAUUAAGUGAACUCAAGGAUCCACAGGUUGACGCCGAAAGGGCUAAAAGGCCCGAGUGGUUAGUUAUGAUUGUGAGUAGAAUUGUACAAAUUGUAUUGCUGGUUAAACAAUGCUAA